AUGGCUUCCAACUACCCUCACCAGCCUUCGGGCCAUCUCCAACCUGGCUACAACAACAAUAACACCGGCGCUCGUCGCUCGCAGAGCCCUGCGAAUCCCGUCCCCGCCAGUCCCGGUCCCGUCGAGGAGACAGCAUCCGAUUACUUUAACCCGCUGAGCCAAGCGCCCUCAGCACAGUCGCAGACUUCUUUAUCAUCAUUCCCCCGAUUUCCAUCGCAGACCUCCCUUUCCGGAUUUCCCUCGUACCAAGAGUCUCCAUAUUAUCAACAAGCCCAACCGCCACCGCGGAGACGACCCGUCGAUCAAUCGCGUCAACCUAGCAUUCGAAUCCGUCGAAGUUCAAACGGGUCUGUCUACUCCAACCACAGUUCUAUCAACGCAAACCAUUUCGAAGGCUUUGACGAUAAUGGCCGACCGCGCAGCAUUUCGCAACCCGAGCGUGCCAGGGUUAACGAUGGGAAUCCCGCCCUUGCCCGACACUCCCGACGAGUGCCUCAAGCUGCUAUGCCGCGACUUACAGAAGAGGGAGGACGCCCUAGCAUGGCCGAGUUGGGUUUCAACGACGACGAUACUUCUGCCAUGUCUCCCAUUGCUUCUGCCCCUGACGAGGCGAUGCAUCAGCGUCGUGGUAUGAAUGGACUCCGACGAGCUAGUCGCUUCUUCUGGCCCGGAAACCAUCACAACCGACGACCAGGCAGCGCAGACACGAUGGAUGUACCUAUGGGUCACCGAAAUAACGUCUCAGACGAUGAAUAUGACCAGGAGUUGGUGGACUGGUUAGAUGUCAUUGACCCCGAAGUCCAAACCCUCUCGACUCUUACCAACGUCCAAAACUCCCUCUUCGUCCCCGAUCUCGGCAAAUGGAUCAACCGUCGACCAACAUACACUCUAUCCCGCAACGACCCCCAAGCUGGCUGGGCAAGAGGCGCCGUGGCCGAAGAGCGACGUCGCGAAGCCGCUCAAGAACCCCAAGAACCCACCAUUCCUGAGGCUGCAAAUGAAGACCCUCCUACUUUCCAGCGAAGCAACACCAUCACAUCCCGCUUGACCGAUUCUCACUACGCCGCGCUUCCCCACGGAACUACCCUAGAAGGAUGGACCCCGGAGGAAAAGGCAGAGUUGGAUGAUCACGUCAGACACAUGCUGCACUCUCGACGUGCCAGGUUCAAGCGUCGCAUGAAGGGUUUCGGGCAGUACGUCAGAAGACCUCUGGGUUUCUUCGUUACGCUCUACGCCACCCUCAUUACACUAUUCGGUCUGGCCUGGGUUCUCUUCCUCAUCGGCUGGAUCUACGUUGGCGACAAGCAGCUCUACACCGUUCACAUCAUUGACAGUGUUCUUGUUGCGCUCUUUGCCAUUAUGGGUGAUGGUCUGGCGCCUUUCCGUGCUGUCGACACAUACCACAUGUUUUUCAUCUGGCGUUUCUCGCGCAUGAUCCGGAGGGCCGAAGAGGGCAAGAAGCCUAGAAAGAAACUGCAGAAGAAGAAAGUACCACCAGGAGUUGCCACCGAUCCUGAACACUCGCACCUUACUGCCCAUCAAGCCCGUGUUCUGCUCGAAGUUAAUGAUUACAACCCCGAGAGAGACGGAACUAGAGCAACCCCUGAUAACCACCCCGAACCCCAGCCUGAGAGUCCCGAGACGGUUGAUCUGGAGCAAGCCAAGUCCAACGGUCCCGAAUCUGACCAGCCUGCUUUGACGUUUGCUCAGUUCAAGAGCCUACAGCACCACCAGAAGAAGAUGGCCAAGUCGCACAGUUUCUACAAACCCAACGAGACAUUUACCCAUUUCGCCUUCCCCCGGAGCUACCUUAUCGCUAUUGUCAUUCUCCUCGACUGCCACUCCUGUCUUCAGAUCUCCCUGGGCGCCUGUACCUGGGGCAUCGACUACCACACGCGACCCAUGGCGAUCACCACCGUCAUUCUGUGCGUGAGUAUUACCUGCAAUAUCACAGCGGGACUCCUCAUUAGCAGAGGCGAUCGCAAGACGAGAAAGAAGGACGUGUGGGAAUUGCUCGAUAGGCAGGAGUUGACGCAGGAUGCCAUCAAGCACAUGGAGAAGAAGAAGAAGGAAGAGGAAAAGAAGGAGGAGAAGGAGCAGCAGAAAGAUGUCUCUGAUAGAGAGGAUGGGUCGAGCAGACGCACGUCCAAGGAGUUUAAAAAGCUGGUUAAGUCAUCCAGCUAA